GAAGAGGAGGAGGGAAAAAGAAAGAACCCCUAAAAAAGUCUAAAACCCUUGUCGGAAUUAAGAAGCACUAUGGAGUGUAGUAGCUGAAGAUUUUUCUUUUCCGAGAUGCGUUUUUUGCUUCGUCUCCCUCAAACCCACCUGCGGAAACUGACUUGUUCGAUGUCACUACUCAUGGGUUCGAAGCAGUUCCUCGAGCUUUGUCUUCUUCCUUCUGUUGCAGCUUCGUCUUCCCUUUCUCCUUCUUAUACCCUUCAAAGGCAACUCUCUUCCGCUCCUAGAAGAUUUCGUCCGGUUUUGGCCUCGAGACCCGUGUCCAAAAGCAGCCCUUAUCACCAAGGGCCCAAUGGUGUAUCUCCCUACACUUCAAUCUCCAGAGCCCCAAAUCCUGUUGAUCCUGAAGAUGGUGCUGUGCAAUCUAGAUUAGCCAACUUGAGGCUGAAAUUGGCUGAAAAUGGAAUUGAUGCUCAAAACUGUCCCUCCGGACAAUACAGUGGUUUGAUAUGUCCCCAGUGUGAAGGUGGUGACUCUGGAGAAAAAAGUUUGUCUCUUUUCAUUGCUGCUGAUGGUUCUUCGGCUACAUGGAAUUGCUUUCGAGGGAAGUGUGGGUUGAAAGGUGGAGUACGGGUGGAUGGUAAGUUUACUACUUCUGUAGUUCCAGUGGGGAAGGCUGAAAGAAAAGUUACAGUGGAGAGUUUAGAGCUAGAACCUCUGUGCGAUGAGAUUGAGGAUUAUUUCGCUGCAAGAAUGAUUUCAGCAGAAACACUCAAGAGAAAUCGAGUUAUGCAGAAAAGAAUAGGUGAUGAGAUUGUAAUUGCUUUUACGUAUUGGCAAAGAGGGGAGCUUGUUAGUUGCAAGUACCGCUAUCUAACUAAGAAGUUCUUUCAGGAAAAGAACACGCGGAGGAUCUUUUAUGGGCUUGACGAUAUUGAAAAAGCAUCUGAAAUCAUUAUAGUUGAAGGGGAAAUAGACAAACUUGCGGUGGAAGAGGCAGGUUUUCGAAAUUGUGUGUCCGUUCCUGAUGGAGCUCCAGCGUCGGUUUCUUCAAAGGAAACUCCAUCUGAAGACAAGGACACGAAGUAUAAGUUUCUAUGGAAUUGUAAUGACUACUUAAAGAAGGCAUCUCGGAUUGUUAUUGCUACUGAUGGAGAUGGAGCUGGUCAAGCUCUGGCUGAAGAAGUUGCACGGCGUCUGGGCAAGGAAAGAUGUUGGCGUGUCAAAUGGCCCAAGAAAAGUGACGAUGAGCAUUACAAAGAUGCUAAUGAGGUGCUUAUGUCUAUGGGACCUCAUUCACUCAGUGAAGCUAUUCGAAGUGCUGAGCCAUACCCAAUACAAGGAUUGUUCUCCUUUAAAGAUUUCUUUGAUGAAAUUGAUGCCUAUUAUCAUCGGACUCAUGGACAUGAGUAUGGUGUUUCAACCGGAUGGAAAACUUUGGACAACUUCUAUAGUGUUGUGCCAGGGGAGUUGACCGUUGUGACAGGGGUUCCUAAUUCUGGAAAGAGUGAAUGGAUUGAUGCUUUGUUAUGUAAUCUCAACCAUAGUGUUGGCUGGAAAUUUGCGCUCUGCUCGAUGGAGAAUAAAGUACGAGAUCAUGGCAGGAAACUUUUGGAAAAACAUGUCCAGAAACCCUUCUUUGACGCAGAUUAUGGGAGAAGUGUCCCAAGGAUGAGCGUUGAGGAGUUGGAUGAAGGGAAACUGUGGUUGAAUGACACCUUCACUCUCAUAAGAUGUGAACUGGAUUCACUUCCAAGUAUUGGAUGGGUUCUGGAACGUGCAAAAGCUGCUGUUCUUCGGUAUGGGAUACGAGGACUUGUCAUAGAUCCUUACAAUGAGCUUGAUCAUCAACGCACUCAACGACAGACGGAAACAGAAUAUGUCAGCCAGAUGCUGACGAAGAUAAAACGAUUUGCGCAACAUCACUCUUGUCAUGUCUGGUUCGUUGCACAUCCAAAACAGUUGCAACAAUGGGACGGAGGUCCACCAAACCUGUAUGACAUUAGCGGGAGUGCACAUUUCAUUAACAAAUGUGACAAUGGGAUUGUUAUUCACAGAAACCGUGAUGAAAAGGCUGGACCUCUUGAUUUAGUGCAGAUUUGUGUCAGGAAAGUGCGAAACAAGGUUGCAGGACAGAUUGGUGAUGCAUACUUGUGCUACGACAGGGCAACUGGUUUGUUCUCAGAUUCUCCUAUAACACCUGAGAAGCCUGAGAGGAGAUCAAGCAGACGGCCAUGAUCCGGUUUGGUGAGUUGAACACACACAUUGGGACAUAGUCAAUAACAUUUGUCUGCUAAAUUUUAUCCCUUUUUGUUAGAAUUCAAAGACUGUCUAAGUUUAAUGUGGAUGGUUUUUACGUGUUACUCUCUUCUGUCUGGUGGAUCUGAUUCAAAAACGUGAGUUUUAGAUUUGAUUUGUGUACAGCUCCAUGAUCUGGUGAUCUUUUGUGCUCUGUCUUUUUCUGUAGUUUGUGCUGCUUCUCUUUGUCUCCUCCCUUUUAUUGCGGCUGGUUCGGCGGGGUGAGUUUAGUUUAGCUGGAACUGUUAGACUUCAACUUCUUUGUUAUAAGUUAUUACAACUCUUUGCUAGCUGCUUCAAUCAUUUGCACUGCUUUGGCUUACUUCUCUUUGUUGUUUUAUCUUAAUUAUGAUUGGCACGCAAAU